AUGGUUGUAACUAUCCCAGAGAAACCGCUUGAACUUCAUCUUCGACGCAAGAUUCUUCUUGCUUAUGAUAACUCGGAGUGUAGUAAGUUUGUAUAUCAAUAUUGUCUUGAUAACCUCUUCAUUCCAAAUCGUGACCAUGUGUCCUUGGUAACCGUACUGGAUGAAGAGCA